CAUUUGUUAUGGAAGCUGUGUCUGAGAUUGAAACUGCCUCGCGAAAAUCGUGAAGAAUACAAAACUAUCUACAAACUCGACACGUGUAAUAUGUCAGUAUAUUAACAAUCGACGUAUUUCUUCUGCCUUAUGAUCUAGUAAAAUUUAUACGCAAAAAGUUUGUAAUAGAAAAGCAUUGGCCGAUUGCUGAAACAUAUUUUGAAUACAGCUGUGAGAACUAUAUCGACAGAUGCGAUAACCAACAAAAUAUAUUUUGUUAUUUGUGCUGUGUAAAGCCCUAAAGAUCAUGUCAACUUUGGAGGAUAAGAUUUUGGGAGAGAAACUACAAUAUUACUGUAGUAGUUCCAGCGAAGAUGAAGAAAACGAUACUGGAGAAUCUGAUAAAGAAUUUGACGAUAUAAAGUAUACCGAGGAUACUGCACAAUAUGCUUCAGAAUGGGACGGGACUUCCAACAAUACAGGACCUAAAGGAGUCAUAAAGGACUGGCAACGGUAUAAACAGCUGGAAGCAGAGAAACGAGAAUUACAGGAAAAAGAAAGAAUACAGUUAAUGAAGAAACUGAGUUUAACAUGCCGCAGUGCUUUGGAUGAGGAGAAACUCAACGAGACGGAUCCAGACCUGGCAAAUUUACUAGCCGAUGAAUUCCUGCUGGAGUAUCAAAGGCAGAGGAUGAAGGAGAUGCUCGCAAAAGCUAAGACGCUCAAGUUCGGAAAAAUUAUUAACUUGGAGAACACAGACCAUUUUCUGCAGGCUAUUGAUGAGGAAGACAAGUCAGUGACUGUUAUUGUCCACAUUUACGAGAAUAAUAUACCUGGUUGUGAAGCUAUGGACGGAUGCUUAAUAUCACUUGCCGAAGAAUACCCUUAUGUAAAGUUUUGCAGAAUUCUAGGAUCAACCGCCGCUCUCAGUGCACGAUUCAAAAAAUUCGGCACACCAGCUUUGUUAGUGUAUAAAGAAGGACAAUUGAUAGGAAACUUCGUACACGUGACAGACCAUCUAGGAAUAGACUUUUAUUCAUCAGACGUAGAAACGUUUCUCAUCGAGCACGGAAUGCUUACUGACAAAGAUUGCGUACCGCUUAUCAUCUCAAAAAACGAAAUCAAAACUUCUGUUAGCGAAUGAGAGAUUUUGUAUUAUUAUUUGUUUUAAGAUUACUUAUCAAAAUCUAUUUGAAGGGCAGGAAAUAACUCGCCGAUUAAAAACUGCCGAUAAAUUGCUGAUAAUUCACAAUUAGCGAGUUAUUGCCUAUAAUUGAUCGAUCAUCGCGUCAAAGAGAACAUACAAAUCGAUACGAAACUCCAAAAAUAAAAAGAAAAGUGGCAAAUUCUUCGUUCUUCUCUCCUUCC